UGUACAAGGAUCUGAAACUAGAUCAAAUGCCUCUGAGAACUGAACUAUUUAUUUUGGUGUGCUUAUAUGAAUGUUGACCAGUUAAGGAAUGACUAAUCUAGUUUUAUCUUUCUUGAUAUGUCCUAAUCAGAUAUUAGGUAGGGUCUCUUUUCUUAUUAAUUUUCACUUAAGAAAUGCCUGUUUGAUUGCUUAUGAGUGGAUCUUUUAGAUUAAGCCGCAUGAUCUUUUAACUUAAGCCGCAUGACUUCUGUAUUUGGAUUGCAAGUAAACCUAAUCAGUUCUUUAUCCAUACAUAAGUAUUCUGUUCUAUUACUUAACUUAGCUUUUGCAUCAUUAGAGUGGUUCCGAAAUUUUAGACCACUACAAUGGAUGCAACCAUCCCUUCCAACAGUCCCCUGCAGGACCAAGCUAAACGCGAAAAUUCUCCAGCAGGUCUCCGACGUCCCAUUAAAGGCCUCUUCUAUAUACUAAUAGUGUCAAGUUUGAUACUUCUGGUUUCCAUCAUACAAGGACCAAAGUCCGUCAGUGAUGGUGAUGCUGAUGAUCAUGUUUUAAUAAAGUUAUAUUCGUCUUUGAAAGCAAUGUUGCCAGAGCACUUGGAACAAAGGGUGGAAGAUGUUGAAGUAUUGGAUGAGAAAGCUAAAGCAUAUCCGUGGAGCAAUGAGAUGUUGUCGUGGCAAAGAACUUCUUACCAUUUUCAACCUCAGAAGAAUUGGAUGAAUGAUCCUAAUGGACCAUUGUUCCAUUUGGGAUGGUACCAUUUUUUCUACCAAUAUGGCCCAAAUUCUGCAGUUUGGGGAAACAUUACAUGGGGCCAUGCAGUAUCCAAAGAUCUCAUUAAUUGGUUUCAUCUCCCCAUUGCAAUGGUUCCCGAUCAUUGGUUUGAUAGUGAAGGUGUUUGGACCGGCUCUGCUACAAUCCUGCCAGACGGUCAAAUUAUAAUGUUAUACACAGGUGGUGCUGCUGAUGGAGCUCAGCUGCAAAAUCUAGCCUAUCCUUUAAAUCUUUCUGAUCCACUCCUCCUGGAAUGGGUUAAGUAUCCUGGUAACCCUGUCAUUGUCCCCCCUCCCGGCAUGAAAGAUUUUAGGGACCCCAGCACAGCCUGGCUUGGCCCAGACAAAAAGUGGCGGAUCACAAUUGGGUCAUUGGUUAAUAAUAACACUGGUAUAGCACUGGUGUAUAAGACUACUGACUUCAAGACCUUCGAGCUGUUGGAUGGUUUAUUACAUGAGAUUCCGGGUACAGGAAUGUGGGAAUGCAUUGACUUCUACCCGGUAUCACUGACUACUAAGGAUGGUUUGGACAUAUCAGCUUAUGGACCAGGCGUUAAGCACGUGUUGAAAGUGAGUAUGGCUGUUGGUAUGGAGGAUUAUUAUGCAAUUGGUACCUAUGAUCCAAUAAACGACAAAUGGACACCUGACGACCCAAAAGCAGAUGUUGGUAUAGGCCACAGGGUGGAUGACGGAAAAUUCUAUGCAUCCAAAACAUUUUAUGAUCAGAAAAAGAAAAGAAGGAUUACUUGGGCUUGGAUUCCUGAAAGUGAUAGUGAAUCUAGUGACCUUUUGAAGGGAUGGGCAUCUCUACAGGCCAUUCCAAGAACUGUCGUGUUUGAUACAAAAACUAGAACAAAUUUACUUCAGUGGCCAGUUGAGGAAGUAGAGAGCUUGAGAUCAGAAAGUUAUGACUUCGGAAAUCUCAAACUUGAGCCAGGUUCUGUUUUGCCACUCAACAUAGGCUCUGCAACACAGUUGGACAUAGUCGCUACAUUUGAGAUUGAUAAUGAAGCAUUGCAAAGUACAGUUGAAGCUAGUGUAGAUUACAAAUGCAGCACCAGUGGUGGUGCAGGCAGUCGAGGCGUUUUCGGACCAUUUGGCAUUUUAGUACUUGCUGAUGAAUUAUUCUCUGAGUUAACUCCAAUUUACUUUUAUAUAAGUAAAGAACCUAAUGGGAAUGCUAAAACACAUUUCUGUGCUGAUCAGUCAAGAUCAUCAAAAGCUUCUGAUGUUGCAAAGCCAAUUUAUGGAAGUGAUGUUCCUGUGCUCCAUGAUGAAAAUUUUUUAAUGAGAAUAUUGGUUGAUCAUUCGAUAGUCGAGAGCUUUGCUCAAGGCGGAAGAAGGGUGAUAACAUCUCGAGUCUAUCCAACCAAAGCCAUUAACCGAGAAGCAAAACUAUUUGUGUUCAACAAUGCCACAGGAGUGAGUGUGACAGCAUCAGUUAAGGCCUGGCAAAUGAGUUGCGCAGAAAUGAAUCCUUUUCCACCCAAAGGGAAUGACUUGUAACUUUCUCCACAGAUUCUAGCUUGAUAUUAAUACGUUAAUUUCGAUAUUAUUAACCAUUGUACUUCUGGAAAAUAAAUGAAUCAUGAAUUUUCAGAGACUAGACAUAUAUGAGAGAAUGUUUACAAAUACAGUAAUAUCAGUGGACCACAACUGUGCAAGUUAGUUUCUGCAGACCGUUAUAGCAAGGACUGAGGAGUGGGGUCAUAUUAUUCUUUACUGCCAGUAGCCGGUUUUUGCUUUCUUCGUCCGCUAUUUUUCGCUAAAAUUUAGGAGAUUCUUCACAUUUUGUAUGAGCAGGAGUAAGUAGUUCACAUCCAUGUUGUUUUGCACCGAGUUGUCAUGCAAUUGGCGGUGGAAGCAGAAUUUAUUUGGAAAUAGUGAUACUAAAAAUU